AUGGCUCCCGAAUCCGCUUCCGCCAUGGCUGGCCGUGCUCGUAUGCGCACCGAACAAACCGAACAAGAUCGCAUUACCAGAGAAAACUCAGGCUUCGACGCAUUUGAAGCAGACAUGCCGAAACUCACUAGCCGAUUUAGCUUCUCCCUCAAGGACAAUCUUUCAUCAUAUUUUGGUCGCAAGAACCCAUUCUACAACAACGUCAAUCCAGAAACCGACUAUGUGUGGAUUUUGGACACUACCGCAUACCAGAACCGCCUAGGAAGAUGGAACGCCGAAUUCGUCGCUGCCUAUUUCGUCAAGAACAGUGGCAAGGACCUCUCCAAGGUCGUCGCAUGGGUCAGUGAGAAGAUCGGCCUAGCAGACGACGAGCAAGCCAGGGCAACUGUCGCACAGAGGCUCCAGCCUUUUGCGGACCAGAUCCUUCCCGCGCAUGCCGUCCAAAUCGAUCUACUGGGCAUCAACACCAGACUGGGUCCCAGCGGACGCGACGGUAUCAGCUCCGAUGUCUUGGCUAUUCCAGGGAACGACUACAAGGAAGGCCAAGUCAACAAGUUCAAGGCCGUCAACGCCGAUGCAACGCCGUUCAAUAUCACAUUCGCCAAACCCAAGGGCUGGGCCAUCCUGUCCGAUGUGGACGACACUAUCAAGAAGACUCUAACAUCGUCACCCGUCGGUAUCCUGACCACCACCUUCGCCGAAGAGCCAGAGCCCAUCAAGGGUAUGCCAGAACUGUACAGGCACAUUGUACAAAAGCUCGACAACCCGCCCUUCUGGUACCUCUCAGCGUCACCAUACAACCUCUACCCUUUCCUCCGCAAGUUCCGCGAGCAAUACUACCCCAACGGCACCAUGAUCCUCCGCGAUGCUAGCUGGAUGAACCUUGCUGGCUUCCUCGCAAACUUGACUCAGGGCACUGAGGCCUACAAGGUUGAUCGCAUCGAGAAGGUCCACGGAUGGUUCCCCAAACGCAAGUUCAUCCUCAUCGGUGACUCAACACAAACAGACCCUGAGUCUUAUGGUGAAGCCUACCGCAAGUUUGGCAAGAACUGGAUCGGCGCUAUUUACAUCAGGAAAGUCACGGGCGUAGCGGAGAUGGACGAGGGCAGGAAGAACGACCCGGAACGAUUCGAGAAGGCGUUCAAGGGUGUACCUAAGGAUAUCUGGUAUAUCUUCGAGGAUGCGCAGGAGCUGUAUGCGAAGAUUGAUGCUUUGCCUAAGAUCGAGUAA